GGCUGUAAAGGCUUUUUUUAUUAAUUUUUUUAAUGGCUUUUAAAAAUCGCCCUAAUAAUAAUAUACGUCAUCAUUUUUGUUUUUAUUGCAAAAAAAUGCAGGCAAAAAUAAGUAGACAUUUAGAACGUGUUCAUAAAAAUGAAGAGGAGGUAAAAAAGUUUACUGGACUACCAAAAGGUAAUAAAGAAAGACAAAAGAUUAUCGGACUUUUAAGACGAAGAGGCAAUUAUUUAUACAAUACAGAUCCCACAUAUAAUAAGGGAGAACUCAUAGUUUGUAGAAGACCAACAGAAUCAAGAAAAAAAGCUGCACAUGAUUUUAUAUGUUGUGCUGGCUGUAAAGGCUUUUUUACUAAGAAUAAUAUACGUCAUCAUUUUAAACAGUGUACAAAGAAAAUUGUUGGCAGAACUGUGAAAGUACUGGGAAGAAAAGUUCAAGGAAGAAUUCAUGAAAGUGCGAACUCUAUUUUAAGAAACGUUGUAUUUCCGAUAUUAAGAGAAGAUGACAUUAUCAGAUUGAUAAGAUACGAUGAAUUGUUGAUUACUUACGGUAACAAGUUGUGUAUAAAGUAUAAACAUCAACACCAACAAGAUAUGAUUAGAGCUCGUUUGCGAUUAUUAGGGCGAUUUUUAAAAGCCAUCAAAAAAAUUAAUAAAAAUGUCACAGAUUUUUUUAGUAUUUAUCAUCCAUCAAUAUAUGAUGACUGUAUUACAGCUGUGAAUCAAGUAGCAGGUUAUAACACAAGUACAAAAGUUUAUGCAGCUCCUUCCGUUGCAUCAAGAAUUGGCACUCUUAUAAAACAAAUAGGAAAUCUUGCUAUUGCUGAAUGCAUAAAACAGAAUAAAUUUCAAAAAAAAGUAGACAUAGAAAACUUUUUAAAGUUGCUACAAGAAGAUUUUGGCGUAUCUGUCAAUAAAACUGUUGAAGAAAGCAUAUUACAAGCUAAGCGCUAUCAAUUACAAGAAUUACCUCCGUUAGAAGAUAUAAAAUUAUUGCACAAUUUUUUACAAACUAAUAGGCGUUUGGCAUUUCAACGUCUCAGUGACACAUUUACUUAUGAUAACUGGCGGCAACUGGCACAAUUUACUCUAAUUUCGGUUCAAGUAUUUAAUAGACGAAGAGCCGGAGAAAUUGAACGCAUUUUUAUCGAUGAUUAUAAGCACCAAGAAGGUAUAAAUGAACAAACAAAUCCAGAUUUAUACGAAUCUUUAUCACCUGAAGCUCAAAAAGUAAGUUUGCAAUGCUUCUAUGUGUAAUCAUUUAACGGAAACUUGGGGCAGAAUGGGAUAGUGGGAUAAAUGAGACGGUACUAUUAUUUUCAUUGCACAGUGCCACAACCAUGCAGAAAACUUGUUACAAUCAAGAAAGUGGCCUCAAUCUUAUCACGACUGUUGAAGCACUUCACUAAUUUUCACGGUUGCGGCACCAUGCAAUGAAAGUAAUAGUAC